AUGCCUCAACUGGUGAGUCUUGUCAACGUUUCCCUAUUUUGUGAGCAGCUCAUCAAGUACGAGUGCUUCAGUUCCAAUAUGGAAUUUGCCUUCUGGGUGUCACGUGAUUCAGUGGAAAGGACUUACUGGGGUAGAGCAGCUCCUGAUAGUAGUAAGUGCGCAUGCGGAAUGAACAACACCUGCGCAAGUAAAGACGAAGUUUAUAACUGUAAUACGUAUGACAAACUGGCAGGAGGACAGUGGUCUCCUCACUGAAAACACACAUCUACUAGUUAAACAGCUGAGGUUUGGUGAUACAGGAGCAAACAUGGAGCAGGGCUACUAUGCUCUAAGGAAGUUUAAGUGUUAUGGAAUCCAAUGACUUUGAAAGGUAACACGAACAAGCUGUUCUGCCAAUCUCAAUGCUAGCUUUCCUUAAACCACUCUGUCAUACAUAACAAACGUAACUGAUUUGAUCGAUCAACUGAUUUAUUAGCUCAUUCAUAUAGUUUUAAAUAAUUUGGCAUGAAAGCUCGCCAGAGCUUAAGGUAGUCAUGAUUUAGUAAGCAAGUGACACAUUGUGCCCUUUUCUUUUUCUAAUUUCAAAGAAAAUGUAAACCUCUUAUAAAAGCGAGGUGAAAAAACUUUGGCAGGGUAAUUGUCUUUUAUUUUGCUAAAUCAAUGACGCAAAGUGUGACAAAUGUGAACCUACACAUUCUACCUUUUUUGUUUCUAAUUUCAAAGAAAAUGCAAACUUCUCAUAAAAGCGAGGUGAAAAAACUUGGACAGGGUAAUAAUGUUUUAUUUUGCUUAAUCAAUGACACAAAGUGUGGCAAAUGUGAGCCUACAUUUUGAAUAAACGAAUGGACGAACGAAAGAGUUAUUAACUAUAAAUUUUGAAUAAUAAUUUUACACAAUUAACCACUGAUUCACAUCGAUGAAAGCUGUGCAAAUUUCGUGCGAUAUUAAGUCAAGUAAAGCAAGUGAAAUAUUCACAAUAUGUCAAAACGUUCUGAUUUAAUCACAGAAGAAGUGGAUUGAAAAAUGAGUAAUCGUUCUGCAUGUAAAGUACUAAAAAAUACACGCCAAUAUUCCUGGCAAAAUUCUAGGUGUUCUUAAUUGAGAGAUUGUUAUUUGAUUUCGCGGCUGAUUGUAACUAGAUUGUGAUGGAAUUCUGGCUUGGAAAUCUGCAAGUUACGGAUUCCGCCUGCGAGGUUUAUAGCUAUGAUUUUGGGAACUAACUGAAAAUUUUUUGUUAUGAUAGGGAGAGGAGUUUACUGAAAAUUGAUUUCGGCGAUUCUUUUGAUAGGUAA